GGCGGCUGGGCCAGGGCGAGGACGGGCGGGGAGCGCCGGGGCGGGAGUAGCAGGGCUGCCUGGAGAUCGGUCGUCGUCCCAUCGCUCUGCCACUUCCAGUGCCAGGAGCCUGUGUGUGUGCUAGACAAACCACUCCGUCACUGAGCUUGGAAUCUGAAGUCACACUGGCCUAGGGUGCAUAGUAGGACUGCCGCAUACCAGGGAUGUAACCUCCACUUGUGCUCCAGGUUCCACGCCCUCUGGACCCCUGGCUGGUUUUUCUGGUUUGGUCUGUAGAGUAAUUUGCAUAUUUCCUUGAAGAACCCUCUGAAGCUUUACAGCCUGCCCUUGGACUUGCUGAGAGAGACGCCCACGCCCACGUUGGUUCUCCAGAAUUGGGGGCCAGGAAUGGCCACAUGGAACAAGCCACGCCCAAGGCAGCCCUCGGCUCCAGAGCCAGCUGCAGAAGGGGAUUCCCAGCAGCCCCUGGGCCAGGAGCUCUCCGAGGCCAACCGCUUCGCCUACGCCGCCCUCUGUGGCAUCUCCUUGUCACAGCUGUUCCCAGAGCCUGAGCAGAGCUCCUUCUGCACAGAAUUUGUGACGGGCCUGGUGAAAUGGCUGCAUCUGUCUGAAACUGUCCUCCCAACCAUGAUGGCCUUUGCCAGCGGCUUGGGAGGUGAAGGAGCCGACAUCUUUGCUCAGACUUUAUUGAAGGAUCCCAUUCUGAAAGACAACCCAUCAGCAGUCAGUCAGGACCUCCUGAGCUUCUCACUCAAGGAUGGACACUAUGAUGCCCGGGCCAGAGUCCUCGUUUGUCACGUGACCUCCCUGCUCCAAGUGCCCACGGAGGAGCUUGAUAUUCUGGAAGAGGUUUUCCUGGAGAGCCUGAAGGACGCCAAAGAGGAGGAGUCUGAGACCGCAGAGGCUUCCCGGAAGAGGAAAGAAAAACGGAGGAAGUGGAAACGCUAUCUCCUGAUAGGCCUGGCCACGGUUGGAGGCGGGACAGUGAUUGGUGUGACCGGGGGACUAGCUGCCCCGCUGGUCGCUGCGGGCGCCGCAACGAUCAUAGGCAGUGCAGGGGCAGCCGCGUUGGGCUCAGUGGCUGGCAUCGCUGUUAUGACCUCACUGUUUGGUGCAGCUGGAGCCGGCCUGACAGGAUACAAGAUGAAGAAGCGCGUAGGGGCCAUCGAGGAGUUCAUGUUCCUGCCUCUGACGGAAGGCAGGCAGCUACACAUCACUAUUGCCAUCACCGGCUGGCUUGGGUCCGGCAGAUACCGCACAUUUAACGCCCCAUGGAUGGCCCUAGCCCGCAGCCAGGAGCAGUACUGCCUGGCCUGGGAGGCCAAGUACCUGAUGGAGCUGGGCAAUGCCCUGGAGACCAUCCUCAGUGGCCUCGCUAACAUGGUGGCUCAGGAGGCUCUCAAAUACACCGUGCUCUCUGGUAUCGUGGCUGCUCUAACCUGGCCAGCCUCCCUCCUCAGCGUCGCCAAUGUCAUCGACAACCCCUGGGGCGUGUGUCUCCACCGGUCUGCAGAGGUUGGCAAACACCUGGCACACAUCCUUCUCUCACGGCAACAGGGCCGGAGACCUGUCACCUUGAUUGGAUUCAGCCUGGGAGCCAGAGUCAUCUACUUCUGUCUGCAAGAGAUGUCUCAGGAGCAAGAUUGUCAAGGGAUCAUUGAAGAUGUGGUCCUUCUGGGUGCACCAGUAGAAGGGGACCCCAAACACUGGGAACCGUUCCGGAAUGUGGUGUCUGGGAGAAUCGUCAACGGCUACUGCAGGGGGGACUGGCUGCUGAGCUUCGUGUACCGCACGUCUUCCGUGCAGCUUCGUGUCGCAGGCCUCCAGCCCGUGCUGCUGCAGGACCGGAGGAUGGAGAACGUGGACCUGUCCUCCGUGGUCAAUGGCCACUUGGACUAUGCCAAGCAAAUGGAUGUCAUCCUGAAGACUGUGGGCAUCCGCACCAAGCCAGGCUGGGGUGAGAAGGGACUCCCACUGGCCCCUGGCAGCCUGCCCCAGGACGAGCCUCUCCAGACAGCCAUAGUCUCCACAGACGAGACAAUCCACCAGGAGGGACAAAGCCAGGAACCUGCCGGAGGAGACAGUCUCAAAACCACCUUACCUUCUGCUACCAGCCCAGCCCAGAGGCCGUCAGGGCUGGGCCAAUCCACAGAGGACUUGCUCCCUACUGCCGCUGCUCCGGCAGAGGGACACCUGAUCUGCAGCCAUGGUGUGGGCCCCAACCCACUGGGCUGCCCUGACUGCACCCAUGGGACCCAGGAGUCCUGUGCAGAACUGGACUGACCCAGCAGGCAUCUGGGCAGCUUUCUCUAACCCCUGCAGGCUCCCCAGAGAGCUCUGGAGGUGGGGAAUUUCCACAAGUGCCUUUCUUAAACAGAUAGGAACUAGAAUGGAGAGAAGAGGGGAAAACCCUAGCUUUCUGGGGAAGCACUGGCACUGUGAACUCGCAGGUCAACCCAGUGUAGGCUCCUGCCCUGAAGGUGCCAUUCAGAGGCCCAAAGGUCACUGUGGGACUGGAGGUCCCCAUGCUCCCUUUUCUCUAACCUCAGUGGACUCGAGUGUCCUGCGGAUCUCGUAUCUACUCUCCAGGACUGCCCACUGACCCCAGGUUCUACCAGUGGGCAUUUUCAGGUGCCAACGAGACACUUUGCUCCCUCUGCCCUUGGAAGGAGCAGCUCUGUCCAGCACAUUUGUGCAGGCUGGGUACACUGUACAAUGGCAGGACACAGACAAGAUGUAUGUGGCGGCCUAGCCCAAGCUUGUGAAACACGUGAACCUAGAUAGAAAUGUAGUGAGAGGAAUAAAGGCAGAAUUCACAGUCAGCGUCUCGAGAAUUGGGCCUUGGUAAGUGUGGAUUACAUGCAGAGGGACCAAUAAAUGCCGUUUACCACA